CCACAGAACAAACCACAGAGCUCUGCCAUGGAAUCGCAGACCCUUUACCUCUCUGCUUCUUUCCUUCCCUUCAGUUCAAAACCUCUGAGCGUCUUCAAUGGCGUCCAUUUUUCCCCCAUUACCAAAACCCAUCCGUCAAGCCCUCUCCAAAACCCCCAUUUCCUCGCAAAAUCCUCCCCAUUUCACCAAUUAACGAAACCCCAUCUCCCUCUCGCUCUAACCCAUCUCUUGCUCACGCCUCUCCCCAGCUUCGCUCUGGAAACCGACCAAUCCUCGGACAAGAUAAACUUGGAAUCCAUUUUGCUUUCGAUCGAUGGCUUCUUCAACAGAUACCCUUUUUUCGUUGCUGGGUGUACUUUCAUCUGGCUUGUUGUGGUACCCUUGAUUGAGUACUCUUUUAGAAAGUACAAAUUCGUUUCUGCCAUUGAUGCAUUUUGCAAAAUCCGGGAUGACCCAAAUGCGCAGCUCUUGGAUGUUAGAGAUGGGAGGAAUUUGGGGCUUUUGGGGUCUCCCAAUUUGAGGAUUUUGAACAAGGAUGUGGUGCAGGUCGAGUAUGUGGAGGAGGAUGAAAAUGGGUUUGUGAAGAAGGUGGUGGAGAGCUUUGGAGAUGCUGCUAAUACUGUGGUCUUCGUUCUGGACAAUUUUGACGGUAAUUCCAUGAAAGUGGCCGAGUUAUUGUUCAAGAAUGGCUUCAAGGAGGCUUAUGCAAUCAAGGACGGUGUUAGGGGCGAAAAAGGGUGGUUGGCAAUACAGGAACGCUUAUUGCCACCUUCUGUCCACAUGAGCAAACGGAAAAAGACUAAAGCUUCCCAAAAGUUUGGGACAAAUGGAGUUGUUCGACAAAGGGGAGAAAAUGAAGCUGUCCCAUCUUCAAAAACCUCCAUUGGAGAAAUCAAAACGUCACGUCUCCAUAUCGAUGCAUCAUCAGACACCAAGCCGCAAUUGAAAACUCAGUCGAGGUCAUCGUCGCCUUACCCUAAUUACCCAGAUUUGAAGCCACCAUCUUCUCCAACUCCCUCAAAACCAGAGAAAUGAAAGGCAAUCCUUACAAGUUUUGGGCUCACCAUCUUGUUUUGCAUAGAGAAGUUGACUUGUAAUAUUAUCAACUGAUUAUUUUGUAAACUCCAAUUUUUUUUGCUGGCAACUAGCUGUAUAUAAUGUAUGAUUUAGUCUUUUGUUUCUCAAAUAGUUGGUGGAAAUCAAGAUUUCAGAAAAUGAGCAUUUCAAUAUUAUUCCUCACAA